CCAAAACAUAAUGAGCAACACGGCACCAAAAGCUUUGAGUAGUAGCAGGGAAUAGCUGUAUCUUUUUCAGAUUAUAUUCUGGAUAGUUUGUCUAUAUUUUGACGCCAUGGGAAAACGGUAUUACUGUGACUAUUGUGACCGUAGCUUCCAAGACAACAUGCAUAACAGGAAGAAACAUUUGAAUGGCGUACAGCACCACAGAGCAAAGAAGGCUUGGUUUGACAACUUCAAAGACGCUGCUGCAAUACUACGAGAAGAGCGCGCCAAGGAGCCGUGCAGGAAGUUUCUUCAGACUGGUCAGUGUGGGUUUGGUCCCAGUUGUCGUUUCUCACACAUGACAGACAGAGACAUGGAAAUUCUGAAAAAACAGGUCGAUGAUGAGAGGAGACGCAGGGAAGAUCCUGACCUUGGCAGGGCAUCUCCUGAGCGCAGUAUUGAGGAGUGGCUUGCCAGGAGAGAGAAGAGGAGAGCAUGUUUGAACACAGGAAGUGUUUUAAAAAUGGAAGAUGAAGAAAGGGAAGAGAACAGUGACAUUCCUCCUCAUUUUCUCUCCAUCCCGGAUCUCCCUCCAUCCCUGCUACCCCCCCCACCCGGGGGAUGGAAACACACAGUCCAAAACGAGUGGGGCUAA